AUGGCCCACAUCCUUGUAACGGCGAUUUCUUUUAAAUCCAUCACAACCCUGACGAUCCGCAAUCCGUCACACUUGCCAUCUGGCUCCACCCCAACGGUCGUCACAAUCACCGGUCUACCACGGUUCAGUCUCAUCAUGGAGAAAAAGAUUACUGUCGAUGUGGAUCCGGAUUUGCAUUUAAUGACAGAUGAAUACAAUGCUGAUGAUUGGACUUCCGAGACCACUUCUAUUGGCUCCUCUCUAUAUAGAGGCCUGAUGUCGAAUGGCCGCAGAUACCAGUCCCUGAAGUCUGACGAAUAUUGCUUCCCUGCCGAUGAAAAGCAAUUUGAAACCUACGAUGCUGCGCAUCUCGCAGCUCUACUCGUGGAUUCCGAAGAGGACAAUCUCCUAUUUCAGUCCCCGAUAAUCCCUAGAAACGUCCUUGAUAUCGGAACUGGAAAGGGUUCCUGGGCAAUUGACGUUGCCGACAUGUUUCCCAAUGCACAGGUCCGUGGUGUGGACCUUUUUCCACCGCCAGUUAGCUGGGUGCCCCCUAACUGUGUUCUCGAGGUGGACGACGUUUUACAAGAGUGGACCUGGCGUGAUAAAUUUGAUUUAAUUCAUCUCCGCAUUAUGGCCAGUGCUUUUACUCCUGAAGAGAUGGAGAAGUUGAUGGCGCAAAUCUACGACCACCUAGAGCCCGGUGGAUGGAUUGAGCAGAUGGAAAUCCAUCCAACAAUCUAUUGUGAUGAUAAUAGCGUUGCGCCUGAUAAUGUCUUGUUUGAUAUUGGUCCGAGGUGCGACGCUGCCGCUAAUAACUCCGGGAAGCCUAUGGACCUUAUCAGAACAAUGCGAUCCACGAUUGAGAAGGCCGGCUUUGUCGACAUUCACGACAAACAAGUCAAGUGGCCUAUUGGGCCAUGGCCUAAGGACAAAACAAUGAAAGAGCUUGGAUCAGUCAACCUCCACCACUGGCUGACUGGUAUGGAGGGAUAUACGAUGUAUCUAAUGACUAAGUUUGGGAGCCCGACCCCGUGGCGUCCAGAGGAGGUGCAAGUCUACAACGCAAGGAUAAGAAAGGAAUUGCUGAAUCCUCGUCACCACACCUAUCAGCGUGCGAGAAGAGUCUGGGCUAGAAAACCAUUGGUGGAACCGAAGAUUGAGCAGCAUGACUAG